UUUUUUCUUUUUCUCUUUUUUUGUAUUAAAGGAAACAAACGAUUUUAUUUUAUAUUUUUGUUUUAUAAUAAUUUCAUUAAGUUAAUUUUUCAAUUCUUAAACAAAAAAUCACAAAAAUUUUAUUAACAUUUCCUUUAAACUCUUACUGGUUCUCUUUAUAUUUCCUUUUGAAAUAAAAACAUUAUGUAAGAGUUGUUAUUAAGAGUAAUUAGAGCUUUUUCCGUUGAACAAAAACACAUUUCAGAAAGAAGUGAUGUAAAAAAGUGAAGAUGUUUUAAAAACUGUGUAGAGCAUUGAAGAAAACCACCGUCUAUUAAUUUUAUAUUCUAAAUACUCAUAGUCUAACUAUUCUUAACUUUAAUUAUAUUUCACUUUUGUAAAUAUUUAUUUAUAUAUCUCUUACUAUCUAGUGAACUUUAUUGCUCUUUGCAGCCACAAAGACACUCCUUUGCUCAAUCAAAAUCUAACUCUUCUUUCUGGCUUUAAAAAGCUUUAGAGAUGGUCUUAUUGUUUAAAAGAAAGAUUAUAAAACAUUUUUGGUUUUUUGCAUAAUAUUUAUGCUGGUUAAGUUCAAAGUGCCAUUUUGUUAGCAUAAACCAUUUUAUUACUCUUAAAAACAACAUUUCUUUCUCAAUGUUUUUUGAAAUUAUAAAAAAUACUCUUUUGGAAAUGUGUGAUAAUUGAAUUGUCAUUGUUGGUGUAUAACUUAUAUAUGAAUCCUUUCAAAGUAAGCAGCAAAGAGAUUUAACUUCAAUAGAGCCGGUCACUGUGCAUUAAUAUUAUUUCAAUUUCUGAGAUUUAUAUCCUAAUUUUCACUUGCUCUCAACGCUCACUCUCUUUCUUUGGCUGUCACCUAAUGUUUGCUCUUCUCUGGUGUAAAUAAACUUACUUUUUAAAACUAGUUUCAAGUGCAUUUAUAUUUUAUAUCUAGAAAUUCUCAAAUCUCAUGUAAUAUUAGCUCUAAUUCAAUUUAAAAAACUCAUCUCAGUCUAUAUAUUCUAAUUGUAAAUAUUAUGAUUCUAAUUCUAUUAGAAUUUCUCUCAACUUCUGUGUAUACUCUCUUUCUCUCUCUAUCUCUCCUUUUUUUAUUUCAAUAUCUAAGUGUUUACAAGAAAUUCUCUUAUUGUAAAUAAAUUGUUAAUAAGAAAUCUUUAAGAGUGAUUUGUUAUAUAUAAUAAAUAAUAGUUUGCUCUUUCUCUCUAUGUGUAUAAAUCUUGUACUAUUUUUUUUUUUGUUCUUAUACUUUAUAUUUUUAUAAUUAUUGUAUUAUACUUAUGUGUGUAUAUGUUUUACGAUUAAUUUUCACAAAUCAUUUGCAACAAAACGUAAUGUUUAUGUAAAUAAAAAAGAUAAAAAAUAAAAUAAAAAAAUUAAAUAAAAUUUUAAAAGUGUAUUUAUUAUUAAUUUGUUUAGAUUCCUCACUGACAUGCGUUUCAGCAAAACAAAAGACUUAAGCCACGAACAUGACUAGCUGUGUUAUUGUUUUAAAUGAUUUUUUAAUUAAUUUUUUAAAGCAUUCUCACGUAUUGUUGUAAAAACUAUUUGCUAAAACCAUAUUUACCAUGACCAUUAAUUUAUAUUGAAGUCAUAAUUGAUAACUACCGAUAGACUUUUGAAGUUUUUUUUAUACAUUUUUGCACAAACAAUUACAACAAAUUAUAGUCAAUUGACGCCUUUUUUUAAAAAAAAGUACAAUCAGCAAAAAGAGGAAAUGAAUAAUAGAAUAAAGCACAAAAUUCUAUCAUAAUAUCUUCACUGUCAUUCAGUACAAUUUGAUAAGUAAAAGAGUGUAUAACUCAUUAAACUAAACCUAAGUCGGAAAAACAAAGAAUAAUUAACAAUUAAAGCCAAAUAAUUUUUAAUGUAAAAAGAAAUAACAAAAAAUUAAAAAUAAUUAUUAAACAAAAAUUAAUAUUCAUACAAUGUUGAAUAAAGCGUGUGUAGUUAUUAUUUGCCUCAUAGUAAUCCAACAAAUACAGCAGACAUGCAGCAAAUCGUUGCCAACUUUAAACAAAGAUCAUGUUGAUGAGAGUAAAAAUCCCACAACCACUUAUUACCGCCACAAUAUAUUUGGUCCGAAUACAUAUGCUUUUGGCUUUGAAGUAAAUGAUAAAGUCUCUGGCAACAUACAGUUUCGUGAUGAACGUCGUUAUGCUAAUGGCACCAUCGAGGGAUCAUACGGUUACGUACGUCCAGAUGGCAGUGUUAUGGUAACACAUUUUAUGGCUGAUAGUGAAUUGGGUUAUUUAAGUCAAUCCCAAAAUUUCGAACCUGGUGAUGAGCCAAAAUGGCAAGAAAAUUGGCCUACUAAGAGACCAAAUAUUUUGAUGGAAAAGCCCUUAGAGUCUCUACAACCUACAGUUAUUUAUGAUGAUAAGGAAAAGUUAAAUUUAACUUCAAUUUUAUUACCAGUAGAACCCAUAAAAGAGAAACAUGGAAUUGAUUUAAAUCCCCCCGAAUUAGAAAAGGAAUUGGUUAACCCAGCUGUAUUGGAAGUGAUCAAUGGCGAAGCUCCUUUGCUGGGAGAUAAAAAUAAAAAGGAUAAUUCAUUGGGUUUUGAAACCAUUCAUCAAUUUAUUCCACCAGAAUUUCCUAUUGUACCAUUUCAAUUGCCACAAGAGGAUAUCAAUAUUAAACUUAAUGAAGGCUUAAGUGCUAAACCCAUACCAGUGCUUAAGAAAACAAACGAGAGUGACAGGGAUAACAAAUACGAUCAACAAAAAUUAAACAAUGCAGAAAAAUCAUUAAACCUAAACGAUAAUGACUCCCCAGCUGACGAAAAAUAUGUCAAAUCGCAAGAAAAUAAUGCUGAAAAAUCUCUACCCGCCAAAGCCAUUAAGUCUAGUGCAUCUAAUGAGGAGAAUUUAACAAGAUCUCCACAGGCCAAAUCGAUUUCCUUUGAUAAAAACACUGACUGGUAUGAUAAAGUCAUUAAGAAAACACGCCAAGAGUAUUUGGAAACUGUGCAAUAAAUAAUUAAAGUGUUUAAUAUGAAAAUAAAAUGAAAAAAAUAACUAUUUACAAAUAAUAUUUGAAUACUACAAUUGACAUAACGAUUUAUUCCAAUAAAAGAAAUAAAUAAUUGAACAUUUAAAGCCUUAAACUAUUUUGUCAUUAAAUGGUGUUAUAAACGGUUAAUAGUUAGAUGGCUUUAAAGAAAAACUAAAACAAAGUAUAUCAAUAUAUGGAGUAAAAUUUAAGUUUUUUUUAGAAUUAAUAUGCAAGUUUGUGUGAAACCAUUAAGUGGUAAAUUUAGUAAUAAAUUAACAUAAAGUCUUAGCAUUAAAUUGAUAUGUUGAAAAAAUAUAAAAAUAAAUCAAAAUAAUACGAAAAAGAUUUAGUAUUAGUUUUACAAUUUAGAAAUAAACAUUAAUAUAAAAUAAAUCACAGUGUAACAAAAUAUUAAUUUUUACUUAAAUAUUAUAUUUUUAGUAAAAUAUAAAAGAAUUUAAAUGAUUAAAAUCAUACUAAAUUUUUGAUGAAUUUUGCUUUUAAGUUUCAUGAUAUAAGUAUAUGGGCAAUUUUAUAUCAAGUGAUAUAAUUUAAAAAAUAGAUUGGGCAAUUUGGUCACACAGGAUUUUAUUGAAAUGAGUGUAACUUUUCACCUAUUGGUCCUAGCAAAAAUUAUCCAAAGGAGUUUGUCAUAUAAUUUACCGACCUUAUUUAUUAUAUAUGAUACAUUUUGAAUUUGAGAAUAUUGAACCUAACAACAUGAAACUAAGUAUGUAGGCUCAGGAGUAAUUGAGAGACUUAUUUUUGGUACUUUUUCCUUCUUCAAAAGGUACUUUUUGAAUUUUAAAUAAUAAUUAACCUAGAAAGAUGAAAUUAUGCAAAGCCCUAAGUAAAUGAGAAAUAAUAUAAGAGGGACGAAUUGGUACUUUUUUAAUUUAAUAUAAUGAUUGAUUUUUACUUAUUUGCUAUUUCCUCAUUUUUAUAUUUUGUAUCAAAAAUUUUCGUUUUGGGGGUGGUGGAAUUUCCCUUUCCCCCUGGAUCCACGACUGAUUUCAUACAUAUUUUUGUGCAUAUAUUACUGAAGCAGAAUAAAAAAUAAUCAGGCCGGCCUUAAUUAUCUAUAUGGUUGUGCAUUAUUUUAUUGUUAUUAAUGUACCAGCAUGCAAUUCGAUUUUAAACUACAUAAAAUGUAUGCCAUAAAUAACAGAUAUGAUUAAUUUUAACUCCCUGAUUAUAAAAAAACACUCUUACAGCUUUAUUAUAACUACUAUACAAUAUAAUAAUACAUCAACUUAAUCCACUGUCCUACUUUAAACAUGUAACUCAAAUAAUUUUAUUCUCAUUAUAAAUAAACGUUAAAAUAAAACAAAAACUUAAAAUUAUAACAAUUUAAUCCUAGAUACAGUUUUUAUCUUAAUUUAUUUGCUCUAAAUUUUGUCUAAACUAUUGUACAUUGUAAACUGUAACAAUUUCAAAAAUUUGAAUAUCUAACACUAAGUCACCUUAAAUCACCCGGAAGAUAUUUGAAAUAAUUCACCUGUUUUUUUUUAUUUUCUUGCCAGUAAUCUUUCUAUCUUUGAGUAUCUAAGUUUUGCAUAUUGUGUUUUAAUAUUUUCUUUAUUAUUUAAAUAUGUUUUAUUUUGAUUUCUUUAUUUUACAACAUACCUGCAUACAUCCAUAUGUAUACUCUACAUAAACCGAAAAUAUUUAUUAAAAAAAGUUUUGAAC